GUCUUGAGCUAAGACUAGCACAGUUGAGCGACAGUUCUGAUGAUAUGACAAAGCGAAAUUGACUGAAGUUUACUGCCAAUUUUUGAUCUUCUUGUCGACAUUGGUCUAUCUAUUAACUUCAUUUUGAAUUCAGGCGGUAAGUAAACGUACCAUCAGGACAAAGAUGACAGACAAGGGCGACAAGGACAAGAAAGUAGACCUUGGUCUUCUGGAAGAGGAUGAUGAAUUUGAGGAGUUUCCUGCAGAGGAAUGGAAGCGUGAUGAAGAAGAUCAGUCAGAUAACAAUGUGUGGGAAGACAACUGGGAUGAUGACAAUGUAGAAGAUGACUUCUCUAUGCAGCUAAGGGCUGAGCUUGAGAAGCAUGGUCACAAAGUCAAUAACCAAGAGCAAGAGCCGAUGAGAUCGUAGCAUUUUGUGUAAAUGCAACAUUUGUAUAUUUUGUAUCAUAAGCUCUGUAAACAGUAGGAAA